GGCCUUUUUUGCGCGCGACGACGAGCUUCUCCCGAGCGACCGGCACAAAAUGGCGGCUCCCGCCGGUUAGACGCCCAGGCAGUAAGUUGGCAAAGCGCCUCGCGAGUCACGUGACUCGCGUCACGGGAAUCCAACUGCACACCAAUCGACUCACAUUACACCGAGAAGAAGACACUAGAAACCGACCAGGUCCAAAUCCAUGAUAAGAAAAAGUUCCCGCCUGGAGUCAUCGGGCUACUACAGGAGCGACGGUCAGCCCGUCAUCUCGUACAAGGAGACGCCGUACAGGAAGCUGUGGACUCGGAGCCGCGCUCAGCAGCGCCCCCGCAGGGUCGCCACGGACAACGCCAAGGACGACGCCCCGCUGUCCGGCAGUCCCGUUGGAGACGUCAGACGGGCGCCCAGAAGAAACGGAGUGCUGCGCUUGGCACGGAAUUACCUCAUCCCCAUUUGCAUCCCUAUCGUCUGGAUCUUGUGCGAGCCCUUCAUUCGACAGAUGACGGGCGGCCCGGCUCCCUCCAACUUGCUCUCCGGACGCGGCAACGAGCUGUUGGAGGAAGUUUACGGAAAGUACAACGAGCUCAAAGCCCUCCUCAACAGCUACGAGGAGCUGAUGCGCAAAGAUGACAAGGCGCCGCUGUGGGCGACCAUUCCCAACUACGCCCUCCAGUCGGCGGGCGCCAGGGUGCUGUGCAGCGCCACGUCGCCGUCGUACAAGGUGAAGACGUCCUACAUGUCCAUCCUGGGCCUGGAGUGGGACUUCCGGAAGGCCGUCCGGCCGCAAGUGGUCAUCGAGGGCAAGUCGGAGCUGAACCCGGGCAACUGCUGGGCCUUCGCCGGCCAGCGGGGCAACCUGACGGUGUCGCUCUCGCACGCCGUGCACGUCACCGGCGUCACCCUCGGACACAUCGCCAAGAGCAUCUCGCCCACCGGCGACAUCCCACACGCGCCCAAGGAAUUCUCCGUCUACGGUUUGGAGUCUGCGGAGUCACCCGCCGUCAAACUGGGAAGCUUCAAGUAUGCGCAGAACGGGCCCGUGUUCCAGAACUUCCGAAUAGCCGACAAAGGCGCCUUCGUGAGCACGCACGUGAUGCUGAGCGUGCACAGCAACUGGGGCGACCCCACCUACACGUGCCUCUACAGCUUCAAGGUGCACGGGCGCCUGCCGUCCUGAGCGCUGCCCGCCCGCGCACCGUGAACACGCGACACCCGCAUCGCCCGCUCGCCAGGCGUCCAAACGGGAGACCGCUCCGCUCGCAGCGAGCGGACGUGACCUCUGCGCGGGCGCGGCUGACCUUUUCUCGCAACGCACUGGCACUUUCAAGUCACCGGGAUGCUUUUAGCGUGCUCGGGUUGCUAUGCUAGCAACGCUGCACUUUACAUACAACAUGUGCAAUACUGUGUAUUUCUACUUUUAUAUUUAUUGGAUUCAGAUGGACAUUUUUCAAUGUAGGUUUUUUUUUUUCGUAUCAAAACUGCAAAGCGGGACUGCUCGUUUGCUCAUCAUGACAAGAGUAAUCAUGUCCUGGUCGAUGUCAAAUAAAGUCCAAUCCUGAUUUGUA